ACGGCGACCUGCGGUCCUCGACUCCCACUUUGGGCUUGGUGGCCGAAUACGUUCCAUCCCGUGGAAGGCGAAGCCUCAAUUACCAUCGGAGCCCUGAGCAUUUAGCAUUUUGUUCGGAGAAGAUGCUACUGACCUUUUGGGAAGAUAUGUCGGAGCAGCCAGGAGGUGGAAUAUUUGCAGGAGUGAAGCGGCUUGAGGUGAUACCACGAGUGUUUUGACAUGUUGAAGUCGUACAGGGGCUCUUACCUAUCUGCAUUUCAAGUAUGGACCGUAAGCUUCCUGACUCAUAACAUAGGGUCGGAAUCAGGGUUCAGUGGGAGCUCAGAAAAAGCAGAGCCCUCUCAGUCACCCGGGAGCAGAACCAGCCCGGCUUUUGGGCUUCUGUCUUCUGGACAGUUCCAAAAGCUCCAGCCCUUCUCUGAGGGAGAGCAGGUGAUGGCAACCAUGCUCAUGACAGCCUGGCCCCAGGUGAGCUGUGGGUCCUUCAGUUCUUCCUCUGAACAGUUUCACAUUGAAGAAAACAGAGGAGGGAAGCUGAAGUCGGUGACCUUCGAGGACGUGGCUGUGUACUUCACCCAGACGGAAUGGGAUGGCCUGUCCCCCGCACAGAGGGCCCUGUACAGGGAUGUGAUGCUGGAGAAUUAUAGGAAUGUGGCCUCCUUGGGAUUUUCGCUUCUUAAACCUGCUGUGAUCUUGCAUUUGGAGGGAGCAGGUGAGCUGGGGGACCCAUCUCCAUUGGUGGCUGGAACAGAAAUAAUCUCCCAGGGCGUCUGGACUGUAGAUAUUGAUAGCCAGACUGACAACUUGACAAAGGAAAUAUAUAAAGAAAAACAUAAUUUAUCAUUUGAACUUCAGAGGGACGUUUCCCAGGAAACAGACUUUUCAGAAGCCUGUAUUUUAGAGAAACAGCAGGAAGUCCAUUUAGUAGGAAGCAUGAAGAAAGAAAACAGCAGUGUUAUUGACAAAACAGUGAAAGACGACACCAGCCCCUUGGAGGAGUGUUUCUUUAGUCAGAGUCCAAACGUCUAUCAUUGUCACACCAUCACUACUGGAGAGCAGCCCCUUGAACAUAUGGGAUUGGAGAAAGGCUUCAGCUUUGACACAAAAUUUAUUCAGCAUGAAAGAAUUUAUUCUGGGGAAAGACCUUUUAAAUGUGAAGAAUUAGUGGAAACCUUCAGGUGUAACUCUCAGCAUCAGAACAGCUACAUUGGGGAGAAGCCCUAUCAGUGUAAGGAGUGUGGCAAAGCCUUUAGCGUUAAUGCAAAAUUAAUUUGGCAUCAAAGACUUCAUAGCGGGGAGAAGCCCUUCAAAUGUGUGGAGUGUGGGAAAAGCUUCAGUUACAGUUCCCAUUACAUCACACAUCAGACCAUACACAGUGGGGAGAAACCCUAUCAGUGUAAGGUGUGUGGGAAAGCCUUCAGUGUUAAUGGGAGUCUGAGCAGGCAUCAGAGAAUCCAUACAGGGGAGAAGCCCUAUCAGUGCAAGGAAUGUGGAAAUGGUUUCAGCUGUAGUUCCGCAUAUAUCACACAUCAGAGAGUCCACACUGGAGAAAAGCCUUAUGAAUGCAAGGACUGUGGGAAAGCUUUCAAUGUUAAUGCCAAAUUAAUUCAACAUCAGAGAAUCCACACUGGAGAGAAACCUUACGAAUGUAAUGAGUGUGGAAAAGGCUUCAGGUGCAGCUCCCAGCUUAGGCAGCAUCAGAGCAUCCACACUGGGGAGAAGCCUUAUCAGUGUAAGGAGUGUGGAAAAGCCUUCAGUAAUAAUGCAAAACUCAUUCAGCAUCAAAGAAUCCACACAGGUGAGAAGCCCUAUGAGUGUACUGAAUGUGGAAAAGCCUUUAGUGCCAAAGGGAAGUUAAUCCAGCAUCAGAGAAUCCACACGGGUGAGAAACCCUAUGGAUGCGAUGAGUGUGGGAAAGCCUUCAGAUGUAACUCCCAGCUGCGGCAGCAUCUGAGAAUACACACCGGGGAGAAGCCUUAUGAGUGUAAUGAGUGUGGAAAGGCCUUCAACGUUAAUGCAAAACUAAUGCAACAUCAGAGGAUUCACACUGGGGAGAAACCCUUUGAAUGUAAUGACUGUGGGAAAUGCUUUACUUCAAAAAGAAACCUUUUUGAUCAUCAUCGAAUCCAUACUGGAGAAAAGCCUUAUCAAUGUAAGGAAUGUGGGAAAGCCUUUACUAUCAAUGCCAAACUGACUAGGCAUCAGAGAAUACACACUGGGGAGAAACCUUUUAAAUGUAUGGAAUGUGAAAAAGCAUUUAGCUGUAGCUCUGACUAUAUUGUACAUCAGAGGAUCCAUACUGGAGAGAAACCCUUUCAAUGUAAGGAGUGUGGAAAAGCCUUCCAUGUUAAUGCCCAUUUAAUUCGGCAUCAGAGAAGCCACACUGGGGAGAAACCUUUUAGGUGUGUGGAGUGUGGAAAAGGGUUCAGCUAUAGUUCUGAUUGUAUAAUACAUCAGACUGUCCAUACUUGGAAGAAACCCUAUGUGUGUAAUGUGUGUGGGAAAGCCUUCAGGUUUAGCUUCCAACUUAGUCAGCAUCAAAGUGUCCAUAGUGAAGGAAAAUCCUAAUGAGAAGGAUGUAGCAGAAAACUCUUAAGAUUAAUGAAAUGGAUCAAGUAUCAUCAGAUUCACCCUGAUAAAAAACUCUGAGAAGGAAAUGAAUGUAGCAUCUUCACAUGGAAACAAAUCUUUUCCAUUUUACUUCUAAAAUCAGAAAUGAUGAUUGGUUAAAAAGUAACAUCCAAAAAUGAAUAGCUUGUCUUAUACCAACAACCAAUUAGAAAGUAUAAUGAAAGAAAGGAUCCCAUUCCCAACAGCAUCAAGAAAAGAGGCUUUUCUAGGAAUAAACUUAAUUAUUACACAGGAUCUAUAUGGAGAAAUAAAUCUCCAGUGAGGGCCACAAAAGGAAAAAUAAAUGGGGGAAAGAGAGAAACCUUGUUCUUGGCCAGGAAAACUCAAGAAGAUAUUAGGUCUAUCUAAAUUUACUUUUCUUUUUUGACAACAAGCAUGCAUCACUUUUGUAAAGAGGACAAACAAUAAAAAUUUCCUUAGAGAAGAUGAGUACAUUUUGUAUUUUCGUGGAAUGGAGAAAACCUUUCCUAAGCACCAUAUGAAAGCUAGAAACCAGCCAUAAGGGAACAUAUUGAUACACCGAGUUUUCAGAGUUAAAUAUAUAUGUACUUAAUAAUCCCAAAUACAGUUAAAAGAUAAAGUACAAAAGGUAGAAAAUUUUGUGAUAUAAAUAAGUUUAAUAUAUAAUUAAAAGUUUAAUAUACAAUUAAGAGAAAGAUAAGUAUGCAACCCAUAAAAUGACACUAGCAGGCAGUUUUUAAAAAGAUGUAAAAAUGACUAAUAAAGAGAUGUUCAGGCUCAGUCCUCCAAGGUGUGAAAAAACAUGCACACAGUCAAAAACAGGGAGCCCCCAAACUUCUCUUCCACAGACCUUCCCAUAGAUACACUUAUAUUCACAGUGGACCCUACAUACACAGAGACCGUACACCCCCAGAGGCCGCCUGUGUGCUCUGUGGCUCGAGCCACCAGUGUUGGCCAGGGGUGCUAUCUUGAGCAUUUCAAAGGCACCAUUCCUGUUGGAAAGCUAAUGAUAUGGUAUAGGACUUCAGCAGAAUGUCCUGGGGAUGCCAUUAUUGUGGAAGUCCCUAUCCACUGCUCUGCCCCCAGGCUCUUGGGAGCUGAGUGUGGAUAGAGGCAGACCCUGGAACCCUUCAGAACAUAAGAAGGAGCAAGGUCUUUCUUCCCCCUAACUGACCCCGUACCUCUGUUUAGUUCUAGACCCUAAAGUGCCCCAGACCAUUUACUUAGAAACAGGCCCAAAGAUGGAUGGCUUGGUCACCCAGCAAAUCAGCUGCUAAUGUCCCUUACCCAGGCCAGAAACCCACAGCACUCCUAUGUCAGUGCAGUCCUGGGUCACAGCAGCAUCUGGCAGUUUCUCUGCUGAGGCAAGACCAAGGAAGGGAUUCUAGGAGCGUCAGCCACUGCAGACAAUGUGUCCGGGACCUGCUACCAAUGUUCUAUGCGACCAUGGUCUUCUGGGUCUCAGGCCCUUGUCCGUGUAGGGUGAGGGCUGGUACCAGAACUCAAGGCUGUUCCCACCCAGAUGGCCCCUGAGGGUUUUCUCCCUCUCUGUAGGUCUGUUACUGUCCAGGGCAGAUCCUCUAUUCAGAUCCUAAGGACAAGAGGAGGCAGAAAGUAGUUAGAUACCUGCAAAGCCUCAUAAAAUCCAGUGGUCCCGAUAUCCUGUAGCCUCAGUGCUCAUAUGUGACUCCAGCCCAGAGCUACCUGGGCCCAGUGGAAGCCUUAUCUGGACAAAGGAGCCAUAGCACUGGAGACCUCUGUCCCCUCACAAAAGCUUUUCUGUUUUUCUGAACUGGAGCUGUGGCCCUGGAAGGGCCAGGAAUAAAAAAAGCCUUUCUCCCUCA